AUGUCGACUGUAGUUCCCGAGAUCCUGUGGGCCCAGCGCUCGUCUGCUGACGAGCCCGAGAAGAACGUGGUGAUGCUCACCAUCAACGUGCCCAACCUCCCUGCGCCACCCGCAACCAAGUUCGAGCUCACCUCGAGCGGGUUCAGCUUCCACGCCAAGACGGGAGACGAGUCCAAGGGCAUCCCCAACAAGGAGUACGACUUCAAGCUCGACUUUUUUGACGAGAUCGAUGUGGAUGCUUCCAAGACCUCGCUCACUUCCAAGAGCCUCUACGCCGUGCUGCGCAAGAAGACCGCGCAGGAGGAAUACUGGCCCCGCCUCACCAAGGAGAAGGUGCGCCUGCACAACGUCAAGACCGACUUCGACAAGUGGGUCGAUGAGGACGAGCAGGAUUCUGCCGAUGCCGGCCCGGAUAUGUCCGACAUGUCCGGAAUGGGUGCUGGGGGCAUGAUGGAUCCUUCAAUGAUGGGCAUGGGAGGUGCUGGCGGAUUGGAUUUGCAGGCGAUGAUGUCUCAGAUGGGCGGUAUGGGCGGUAUGGGCGGUAUGGGUGGCGGCAUGCCAAGCUUCGGUGCUGAAGAUGACGACGACGAAGAGGCAGACGAUGAUAUCGAAUCGCCGGCGGUGCAAGAGGCAAAGUAA